GCGGAGAAGGACAGGCUGCACAACCUUCAUGAAGUGAUGUCCGAGGAGCAGCCACGGUGCCUCUACUUCGAUAUCGACUGCAAGGACGUUUCCAGAAGAGCAGAGCAUGACGCUCUCAUGCUGCAACUCGCGACGGUCGUCUACCGCACACUCGGGAUUGAAGACGUAAUUUUAGAGAGAUUAAGGGUAGGUUAAAGGUGCUUUUCUUACCGCUUUUUAUGCCUCUCUCCCUUAGGAUGAGAAAGGCAUAAAAAGCGGGGUAAGCGAGCACCAAAAACCUACCUCUAAAGAGAGCCAUGGCGAAGAAGAAGCACGCUGAAAGCAGAGUAUUAAAUGGAGGUGGAGGACAUGGAAGUGCUGGUGACAGGACAAGAACUAAUUGUAGUAGUAGUGGUUUUGACGGCGUCGGAGACCGAGAAUCCGGAUUACUAGCUUCUAGUGGUGUGGUCGAGGUCGGAGGUGGAGGAAUACUGACCAGGACGAAUGGGCACGCUGAUCCAGGCGGAGGUGCUAUUAGCAGUAGUAGUGAUAGAAGACCUGCUUUUAGUGCUGUUCCUGUGCGGAAUGAAAAUGACACCGUACUACAACAUGUCGACAAUGUUGUUGCACCUGUCGUCAUGGAGACCUCAUCUUCAUCAAAGAUCGAUGAUAGUCACAACUUGCAAAGCCAAAGCUCAGCGUCGUCCUCCCCUAGCAAUGGUCCAGAUAAGUGUUCUCUGGCGCACGAAAGCAAAGCUGUUUCUAGCUCGACGACGACAGCCGAACGUAGCUGCGACGAAACGUUACGUGCUGCUGAAGUUAGCGGUUACAAAGCGCCACACGCCUCGCUACCCAACAGUGACGACAGUGCUGCAGACGACGUAAAAAGCAGUAGCCUAGAACAUCAAAGCACGAAUUUCGAAGCUACAUCAAUGUCUCCUGACGACCGAGGGGGAAAUGGACCCCAGGGGAAAACCGCUAUCGAAGAAGUAGACAGAGAAGUGCAUAGUACAACUCUGAGCCAGGAGGAAGCAGAUCGAAUACGACGGAAAGGCUGCGUUGUACUCACCUCACAGGACCCGAAGAAGUACUCGGUCCAUGUUGUUUAUGAUAACAUGCUCUAGACGUAGACAUUAAUCAUUCGUGUAGUUGGCAAGAACUUCUUAGACGUUCAUUCUGAAUUGAUAGAGUUGUGCUUGAUUAGUACUAUACUAAAUAUAAGUUCGCACCAAAGUCGUGACUUCCUCCUUCAUGGUUCGUUUCCGCAGAUCCAGUUCGAUUCUCGAGAUGCGCAGAAAGACUACAUGAUCCUCCUCCAGUACGCAAUGCCUCCCUCCUUGAGCGACAUCGUGGAUCUUCAGGUUUACUCCUGUUUUCAGUUGUACCGAACUGCCUUUGCCGCGAAGAUUUGCACCGAAACGGGGAAGCUAAGGCCAGACACGCAGCUUAUUCCACAAAACUACUUCGAGGAUGACGAGGCGACAGCAUAUCCGACCUACGUCAACCGCUUGUACAGGGUACUUCAUCAUGUUGCUCAUUUAUCAAGAUAUUGCUCAAAAAGAAAGCAACUAUUGCGGUACCCUUCGAUUAGAAACUUGAUAUCGGAAAGAUCUUUCUACAUUCUCAUAAUUGCAGUAGAAUUUCCACAGAAAGUGACGACUUUGCUACUCUCGGCCUUUAUCUUUCAGCUGGGUCCUUAGAAGAGAUCCAUUCCUUUCCCUCAAGCAGUAAUAUCAUCCCUGAUCAGAGACUACACGGGGAGUACUACUCAUAUCUACACUUUUUCAGAAUUUUUAUUUUUCGCUUGCUUCAGAUUCCAUUACGCCCAGCAGAGGAGCUCCGCACCUUGCCCUGCAACGAAGAAAUGCGGGAAAGAAUACGGGAAAGGGAGCUGCAGCUUCAGAAGUCAUUU